UCAAAUAUUAGACCCGGUUUAUUGAAUCAACAAACCCGUGUUGAGAAGUUUCCGGAUCAAUCAAACCAUCCGCAGUUGCCCCAUUUCUCCUUCAUCAUCGUGCGAGAGAGAUUUGACAGAACUCGAGAACUUUUCUCUUUCGAUUUUUUGCAGAAAAAGAGAUAAAAAAAGGAUCGGAAAAAUGGAACCGGCAGUCAGACGAAGCGGCGGCGUAUGGGAGGGUAUGUACAGAGUGAUUAUGCGCCGCACUCCUGUCUACGUUACCUUCGUCGUCGUCGGCGCCUUCCUCGGCGAACGGGCUGUGGAUCGUGGAAUUCGCGGUCUCUGGGACCACAUCAAUGUUGGGAAGCGAUACGAGGAUAUUUCAGUUUUGGGACAGAGACCAACUGAAGAAUGAAGUAGCAGUGUGUUACCUAUUACAUCUGCCUCUAUUUGUUUUUCUCCAUAGAUUCAAAAAUGCAUUUUGAUUUUCAAUAAUUGUUGUUCAUGCCUGUGGUUUUCUUUAUAAUGUAAGAACAGGCCAAUUUCGAGUUCUAGCUUUUGCUUUAUUGUCUGAUAAGUUUCAUGCAAUGAGAUGUUCUGGUUAUAUUAUGAACAAAAACCUCGGCACAAGGUGAGAUAUUUCAUCAAACAAUGCCUAUUUACCCGGUUUUCGUUUAUAUCUUAAGUUUUUUUUUUUUUAAAUCA